AAGCCACUUAGCACAUAUGGCAGACAAGCUAAUUACUCUUUUUAGCAGUCUGUGUAUUGUCACAGUCUGGCACUGGAACAGUGGCAGGAUAAGGAAGAAAUUUACUUAAUGAUAUGGAUAACCAGCAUUCACUAUAAAAUUAUGAUAUGGCCGACCCCAAACUCGAUCCUGUUCUUGUAGACAUUGACGAGAGCAGGACUAAACUGCUGUUUGUCUAUGCUGCUGGAACAGAUUUGGAAAAAAACCAAACCACUCAAGUAAUGGAGAGGCUGCAUCAAUAAUCCUGCCUGUGACUAUUUAAAUUUUCAUUAUUACAUAAUUAUUUUUAUGCUAUUCUUGCUAAACCAAAUCAUGUCAUUGUACUAAUGACAUUAUUGCUUAUUAAUGUUAUCAGGGAAGUCAGCCCUGAUAUCCGUCAAUGAAGGAAUUUUUACCUUGCAUGCAGAGUCUGAUUUGGAAUUUCAAAAUCUAAUUGUAUGAUUAAUUAGUGAAAAAACACCAUGCUAUUGGUUUCUCUAUGGGAACUUGGGUUUUUUCCCAUUUGUCUAUGUAGAUUUUUCUCAACCAAGGUGGAUCUUUGGACAAUCUCCAGCACAACUGAAUUUGAGAGGUACCCAAGAAUGAGAAGAACAAUUUUUUUCUCUUUGAUACCAUUUCCUUUCCCUGUCCAAUGAGUGUAGUAGAAGUCUCUAUUGUCUGGAAAUUUUAAAGUAUAGAUUGACAAAACCAGCUCUCCUUGGAACAAAAUUAGUGUUUCAAGCAGUGUUCCUUGUUGCUAAAGUUGGUGGUGGAUGUGUAUAAUGGGUUGUGUAACAUCUUCCUAGAGGCUACAUAACCAGGAUGCCUCAGAGCUACAAAGAAAUCAGUAAAAACUUGAAGAUGUGCUUCUCUGACAAUUUAUCUAAUAAAUUCUGUGCAUUUUGUUCAGAUUGGCAAUGGUUCGUAGUGGAAAAAAUGGUGGGCUCCACCUGAAGCAGAUUGCAUACUACAAGCGAACAGGGGAAUAUCAUCCCACAACAUUAUCAAGUGAAAGAAGUGGAAUCAGGAGAGCUGCCAAAAAAUUUGUUUUCGAGGAAAACAAGUUGUUCUAUGUUGGAAAAGACAGAAAGCAAAUGCGCCUGGUAAUUGUUUCAGAUGAAGAGAAGAAAAAGGUCCUCGAGAAAUGCCACAAAAAUGCUGCUGGCACUCAUCACGGUAUAUCAAGGACACUGACUUUAGUGGAGUCUAAUUACUACUGGACCUCUGUAACAAAUGAUGUCAAGCAGUGGGUGUAUGCUUGCCAGCAUUGCCAGGUAGCAAAGAACACAGCCACCAGAGUGCCCAAAAUACACCCUCUCAAAGCGGAGGACCCAUGGACAGCAGUCACUAUAGAGCUAAUGGGACCUUUCAAUGUUACCAUCAGAAGUCACAAAUACAUCAUAAUUAUGACAGAUUUGUUUACAAGAUGGACUGUUAUCUUACCACUGCAUGACACUUCAGCAGCUGAAAUUGCUAAAGCAAUCAUAAAUGUGUUUUUCUUAUAUGGGCCACCUCAAAAGAUGCCUAUUGAUCAAGGGAAGGAGUUUGUUUAUCAGAUAAAUGAAGAACUGUUUUCACUGUUUGGAAUGAAACAAAUUGUAUUGUCUUAUCCUCAGACAGAUGAUGUAAAUGAAAGAAUGUGCAAGACAAUCAAAACUUUCCUUGACAAGUAUUGCAUAGACCAUCCAAAUGAUUGGGAUGAACAUUUGUCUGCUAUAGCCUAUGCUUUCAAUCUAACAAAUUUGGAGCCAGAUCAAAACACGCCAUAUUUCCAAAUGUUCAACCGUAACCCACGUGUUCUUGAACCCAUGAAUAUAUGUGUGGAAGGAGAAUACAGUAGUUUUGCUAAAAUAUUUGAAGCAACUAAAAAACUCAGUCAAGCACUGGAAGAAGAGAAAAUCUCAGAUUGCCAGGCAGAUAAAAAAACUUCAGAUGAACAAAAAAUCAGAACCAAAAUCACAGUCAAAACGAAAUCAAAACAACUAAAUACCCUUCAACUUAAAGUUGGCCAUGAAGUCCUCAGGCAAAGAAAAAACUGGUGGAAAGAUGGUCGUUUCCAGUCGGAAUGGAUUGGUCCUUGUAUCAUAGAUUACAUCACAGAAAAUGGUUGUGCAAUAUUAAGAGAUUCCACAGGAUCCAGGCUCAAAAGACCCAUCAAGAUGUCUCACCUCAAGCCAUAUAUAAGAGGGUCCAGUGAAAAAGAUGACAAUGACAUUCCACAAGGUGCAGUAUUUUUUGACCAUGACUAUAUUGGCUUAUCCGAAAGAUCUAAUAAUUCAAGCCAACCAGACUCUGUUGCUGAAGAGGAAAGAAAUGCCUAUAAAAGAGAUAUCAUGUCUGCUGUACAGAUUCCACCUGAAGCCUGCAAAGACCAAGAAUUAGCAGAUGGUAAACAUGAGUCUGAGCAGAGAGAAGAUCAUUGCUUUGAACCAAACACUGCACAGCCUGAGCAAUGGCCUUCACCUUGUUGGACCCUUCAGAUAAAGACAGAGAAUACUUAAGCAUAGUCUUCUAUCACAUUUCAUUGUCAAGGAGUUUGGAAUUACUGUGGCAAACUGGAAAGAAAAAAACCGAAAGUAAUUGCUCCAACUUCCCAAUCCACUUUACUCUUUUAUGAGCUAAGAGUGCUUCAGGUAUCUAAUUUGUCUGGGUGUUAAGAAAAAACAUUAGUAAAAGGACAUAUUCUGAUCAUGUAUUUAAAUCUUGUUGGUAGAAUGGCAAUGUGACCAUGCCUUAAUGUUAUCCUCUCAGGACACAGUGCAUCACUGUAAUGAUCUUUUCCAUUUAACUCUUGGAUGACUCAUUCCUAAUGCACACUGUGAGAUUAAUUAAACCUAAGUUGGCGUAAUUUCUCCCUCCACUACAGAGAAUUUAACUUUCUAAUUAUAUAACAGUUUUCUAUUCUUCCUGGGAAGCUGGAGCCUCUGACAUUUAAAACUUUUAAUUUCUAGUGUAAUGCAUAUAAGAUCUCACAAAAAAAUUAAACUGGCAAAAUCAAAUGUAGUGUUCUAUGCAUGAAACGAUGGUUUCAGCUGUUCCUUGCUCAUCAAAAGUCUGCUGCUGUAGGCAGUUUUAAUAUUUCAAGCAUGUGAAAAAAAUCUUAAGAGCAUUUUAAUAUUCAUUUGUGCUUUUUCCACAGAGAUAUGGUUCUCUGUUACAGUCACAGCUCUCUUCACUGAGCCUGUGCAAGUUGGGAGAUUCUCCAUGGACAGUGGGCUGUGAAAGGUGAAGCACUGGUAUUAACCUGUUCUCUGAUUUCCUUGAGUAAGUUGUUACUGGUCUAGACUUUCUGCUGA